ACUCCAGUUCCCAGAAUGCGGCGGGGCGGGCGGGGAACUACGAUUCCCAGGGUGCCGCGGGGCCUCAGCCGCUCGGCCCGCAGCGAGGAGCGGCAGCGAGGCCGCCAGCAGGCCGCGGGCGGCGCCGCCAUGCUGAGGGGCUGCUGCCGAAGGCUCGGGGCCCCGCUGGGCGGCCUGCGGGCUCGGCGCUCGCUCGUCUCCUGCAUCGACCCUUCCACGGGCCUGAGUGAGGAGCAGAAGGAGUUUCAGAAAGUGGCCUUUGACUUUGCCUCCCGGGAGAUGGCCCCUCACAUGGCAGAGUGGGACCAGAAGGAGCUGUUUCCAGUUGAGACGAUGAGGAAGGCAGCCCAGCUUGGCUUCGGCGGGGUCUAUGUGAAGCCUGACGUAGGGGGAUCGGGGCUGACCCGGCUCGAUACCUCCGUCAUCUUCGAGGCCUUGUCCACGGGCUGCACCAGCACCACGGCAUAUAUAAGCAUCCAUAAUAUGUGUGUAUGGAUGAUCGACACUUUUGGAAAUGAAGAACAGAGGCACAAAUUCUGCCCACCACUCUGCACCAUGGAGAAGUUUGCUUCCUACUGCCUGACAGAGCCAGGAAGUGGGAGUGAUGCGGCAUCCCUGUUGACCUCAGCAAAAAGGCAAGGUGACCAUUACAUCCUUAAUGGCUCAAAGGCCUUCAUCAGCGGCGGCGGUGAAUCGGACACUUACGUUGUCAUGUGCCGGACUGGGGGUCCCGGUCCUAAGGGCAUCUCCUGCCUGGUUGUUGAGAAAGGGACUCCUGGACUCAGUUUUGGCAAGAAGGAGAAGAAGGUCGGGUGGAACUCUCAGCCCACCCGAGCGGUGAUCUUUGAGGACUGCACCAUUCCCGUGGCCAACAGGAUUGGAGCCGAGGGCCAGGGCUUCCUCAUUGCCAUGAAGGGGUUGAACGGAGGGAGGAUUAAUGUUGCCUCCUGCUCCCUGGGGGCUGCCCAUGCUGCCGUUGUCCUGACCAGGAACCACCUCAAUGUCCGGAAGCAGUUUGGGGAGCCACUAGCCAGCAACCAGUACCUGCAGUUUAAACUGGCCGACAUGGCCACUCGGCUGGUGGCAUCACGACUCAUGAUACGGAAUGCGGCAGUGGCCCUGCAGGAAGGGCGGGAGGAUGCUGUGGCCCUGUGUUCCAUGGCGAAGCUCUUUGCCACCGAUGAGUGCUUCGCGAUCUGCAACCAGGCCUUGCAGAUGCACGGUGGCUACGGCUACCUGAAGGACUAUGCUGUUCAGCAGUAUGUGCGAGACUGCAGGGUUCACCAGAUUCUGGAAGGUUCCAACGAAGUAAUGAGGAUGCUGGUGUCUCGAAGUCUGCUUCAAGAGUAGAGGCCAGAGAGGGUGUCCGGGCUUGGGGCCCACUGAACCACGCACCUGCCCACUGUUCGCUGGGCCCAUUACACUGUGACUGUUACACUAUAUGGGAGGCAAGGCUGGGCUGGUUGACCCACAGCGGGGCCUUUAUCCUCACAGCGAGUUGCAGCCUUCAGCUCUCCAUAGGAAUAGCCAGAGCUGCUCCUCUGGGGAAGAGACGUGUCUGGAGGAAUAGACGUCCACCGAAGCCAGAGCCUCUGCCUCUAUUUUUCCAACAAUCAGCUUCUCUCAAAAAAAAUCUAACAAGAAACUUCUUGCUUCCUGUUCACCUUCAUGCAACCGUACUGGCAAAACUCUGAGUGUUGGGUAUCGAGAUUCACUUCUUCGCCAAAGUGCUUUCAUAGACCUGCCGAUCUUGGUUUGCCGGAUAUCUGCAGCUGAGGAUUCGUCCCACAGCUCCAGGGAUUUGAGGGAUUCCGGCCUGGGUUUUUCCCAAAGGGAGAAGCAAGGACUGGGGGUGUUAAGGGAGACGACAUCCCGCCAUCUGGCUCUAAGACUGUCAGUUAAAUGUACCCACCAUCUUUUUGAGCGUACCUGCCCUCAGUCUCCUCCACUGUACCUGUAUCUAUCUAGAGGGGAAUUUCGGUCAAGUCUUGCUCACGGAUCUCCGAGAAGGAUCUCUGUACUACCUUGGUUAAUCUGGACUCAGUCAACCAAUCAAUCAGUGAGUGGUAUUUAUUGAGUAUGUACAGUCUGCAGAACACUGUACUUAGGAAAGUGAUUUGGUUGCAACUGUGAUGUUUUAUUAUUUUUCUUAAAUCACUAAACACUAUUGUUGGGGUAUGUGUGUGUUCAGGGUAGCUAUGCCCUUCUCUGAUAAAUUUUUCCUCAAUAUUCUAUGUUUUUAUCUCAGAUGGUAUUUUUGUGAGUUGCUGGUCUUUUGAAAUAACUCUGAACUCUUUACAAUCUCUAACGUGAAAUAAACAGAUCCCACCGAU